UUGGGCGGUGGGCUCUCAGGCGGGCCGGGCCUGCUGUCCUCGUGCAGCGCGGCUGGGCCCUGCGCGGGCGCUGCGGGACGAGAGGCCGGCAGGGAUAGCUCGCAGCCCGAGGGCCUUCACGGCUGUUGGAAAGGGAUGCAAGUUGCGUUGAAGAGAAAAAGGGGAGGGGGGAAAACACAAAAGCAAACAGCAAAACCCCCAAGCUGAGCUUCUCUAGCAGCUGAAGGGCUUGGGAACCGUCCCUGUCAGGCGCAUCGCGGCUUCCUUCCUCCUGCUCAACGCGUCCUGGGCAAGCGGGGGUUAUGUUAUAUAGCUUGCAAGCCUAUGGAGUCCUGCCUUCGGGGCUCCCCGGUCGAUAAUAUUGGUUAAACCCAAUCCACAGGACUUCUGUUCCCAUUGCUGCCACUGGUUUGCUGAAUCAUGGUGAUAAUUUUGCUCCUCUGUGGAAAAACUGAAUAACAAAUACAGAUAAGGUAAUGUCUAAGAGCCAGUUAUUCCAGAAUGUGGAAGAUCUUAACCACAAAAAAGUUGUCUUCUAUUGAAACAAACUGAUGACUGAGAAAUCAUCUGUACAGACAAUUGGUGAAGAGCAAAUACAGAAUCCUUACACGGAGCUCCUUGUAUUGAAAGGUCAUCAAGAUAUAGUACGAUUUCUAGUGCAAAUAGAUGAUCACAGGUUUGCAUCUGCAGGAGAUGAUGGAAUUGUAUUUCUGUGGAAUGCUCAGACAGGAGAAAAACUAUUUGAGCUUCAUGGACACACACACAAAAUUACAGCUAUAGCAUCAUUUUCUUCGUCAGAUGUUUCCGAAGAAAAAGGCCAUUUGCUUUUAACAGCAUCAGCUGAUAGAACAGUUAUUGUUUGGGACUGCACUAGUGGCACACAGUUUCAGAAAAUGUCAUGUUUCCAUUCAACUGUAAAGUGUUUGACAGUUCUUCAAAGACUGAAUGUAUGGUUGUCUGGAGGGAGUGAUCUAUGUGUUUGGAACCGAAAAUUAGAUCUCUUGUGUAAGACCAGUCAUCUUACUGAUGCAGGUAUCAGUGCUUUGGUUGAAUUGCCUAAAAAUUGUGUUGUGGCAGCUGUUGGCAAAGAGCUAAUAAUUUUUAGGCUGAUUGCUUCUAAUGAUGGGUCUGAAGGUUGGAAUAUCCUUGAAGUAAAGCGCCUCAUUGACCAUCAGGAUAACAUUUUGUCAUUAGUCAGUGUCAAUGACUUGACUUUUGUGACAGGUUCUCAUGUGGGUGAGUUAAUAGUUUGGGAUGCACUUGACUGGACAAAGCAGGCAUCUGAGUGCAACUUCUGGGACUCCUCUGUCCAUCCAGAUGUACAGCCAGAAAUAAAGUUAUCCCAAAGCCCAAACGAAACUUCAGUUAAACACCUAACAUCUGAUGAGGAGUGUGUGUUUGCUGCUGUUGGGAAAGGCAUAUACGUAUAUAAUCUUCAAAUGAAGCGUGUGAUUGCCUGCCAGAGAACUGCUCACGACUCCUCUGUACUGCACAUUGAGAAGCUUCCAAACAGGCAGCUGAUCUCCUGUUCAGAAGAUGGCAGUGUGCGCAUUUGGGAGCUCCGAGAAAAGCAGCAGCUGACAGCUGAACCAGUUCCAACAGGGUUUUUCAACAUGUGGGGAUUUGGAAGGGCAAACAAGCAGGCAAACCAAGCUGCUAAGAAGAUGCAGGAGAAUACACCUAUGUAUUUCUUGGAGCUGGUUGGUGAUUUGAUUGGUCAUUCAUCAGCUGUGCAGAUGUUCCUGUACUUUGGUGAGCUGGGACUGGCUACGUGCUCUGCUGACCACCUUAUUAUUUUGUGGAAGGAUGGUGAACGAGAAUCUAAACUCCGCAGUUUAACACUAUUUCAAAAAUUGGCGCGGAAUGGAAAGCAUCAAGAGGACUGCAGGCUAACCAAGAGCCAUAUAUGCACCAUCCUUUGGCAGUGCACUGAUGCAGAGAUAAAAGGUAUCCUCUUGUAUGGAUUGGAGAAGAAAGGAAGAUAAAGCAGAAGGUUUCUUUCUCCUUACCUUAGCUCAAAGAAGAGAGAUUUUUAAAGAGGGAGCUACUUGGCAGCAGAGUAGGAUGGAGUUGGAAAAUGGGUGGAAGAUACAUUCUCUGUCACAGACAAAGAUGGGUGGAUGCAGAAGACACACAGGGCCUUUGAACAGGCAGUGCUAGCACCUGGGCAGCUUAUAUAAAUGAGGAGGAGCAAAGGAAAAGCAGCUUGCAGGUACUGCUAAUGAACAAAGGUGAACCUGCAAACAACUCCAGACAGUGACUCCCAGAGCUCAGAUCAUUGCUGGAUGUGACUCAAAGGUUCAAGAACUCCCCAAAAUUCAUGAAGCAGAGGGUGAGACAGGGAAGUGUAAGAGGUACUUCUGCAACCCAUGGGAGAUGGGAUAGGAGAAUGUUGCAUGUAUUAAGGGAACAUAUUGCCAGGAACAUGUAGUGCUUUUGUGGCCCGUCAGCACCACAACAGGAGUUCACAGUACACCGCAGAUAUCCUAACAACAGUUAGGAAAAAAAACCCCACUGGGUGAUGAUAUAUUUUGGUCACAACUGACUAUGCCAUGUGGUGCUUAAAGCACGCAGUCAGUGAAGGCUCUGCAGUUAUGACAGAACAGUUAAACCCUUUGGUUAGAUGAUGCAGCCACCUGAGAGACUGACUGAGGGACAAAUUGUUACAUUCCAACUAACAAAAGCUCUAUGGGCUCUAAGCAAAACAGAAACACAGAAAAUGUUCUCAUAUUGAUCUUAAGCCAACAGAUCAGUAGAGGAUUUCAGUCAGAUCCUAAAAGCAAAGCUGAAGAAACCUGUAGUCAUUUGUCUGAGGCUUGUGCUGUUGUGCUCAUAAAACAUGUGAGGAGCAGAAUUCUGGUCUUUGAUGUGCACUCAUGAAAACCACAACUUGUGUUCUUAAACCUAGAGCAGUAAAACCAAAACAGAAUAGAAAUCUAAAGCAUUUUUGCAUGAGUUGAUUUUAUUUGCUUACCUUUCC